UUGUCUGGCUCGGCCGUGUUUAGUCUGCUGCUGCUGCCGCUGCUCCUCCUCCUCCUCGGAUUGCACAAGCGGGGGUGGGGGGGAGGCUCGCCCGGCCGCCCGCCCGCCUCUCUCUGCCCGCCCCGCUCCAGACGAGCCCCGACCCCGGCUGAGCCUUCCGCCGCCUGCAGCAGGGGGGCAGCCCCGGGUGGGAUGCGCGCCCCCUCCCCCGGCCCCUAAGGAGGACAUGCGCCCCCCGUUUGUGCACGCGUAGCAGAGACCAGCUGCUGUUGCCAUGUCCUUGAACCAGCCCAGCAGCAGCGACGCCUGCCUGAGCAUCGUGCACAGCCUGCUGUGCCACCGGCAAGGCGGAGAGAACGAAUCCUUCGCCAAGCGUGCCAUCGAGAGCUUGGUGAAGAAGCUGAAGGAGAAGAAGGACGAGCUGGACUCGCUCAUCACAGCCAUCACCACCAACGGCGUCCAUCCCAGCAAGUGCGUCACCAUCCAGCGCACCCUCGAUGGCCGUCUCCAGGUGGCGGGGCGCAAGGGCUUCCCCCAUGUGAUCUACGCCCGUCUUUGGCGCUGGCCGGAUUUGCACAAAAACGAGCUCAAGCACGUCAAGUUCUGUCAGUUCGCCUUUGAUCUGAAGUAUGACAGCGUCUGUGUGAACCCAUACCACUAUGAGCGGGUGGUAUCACCUAGUAUUGGACUGAACAUCCAAAAUACAGAGCUCCUGUACGAAGCGGGCGGAGACUCAGCAGCCCCUCCCGUCCGGCUAGUGAAAGAAGAGUUCAUCCCUGACUGCGUCCACAUGGAACUCCAGGGCCCUCUGCCAGCUGACCACCCGGGUCCUGGGAGCAAAUCCAGCCACGCUCCAGGAGAACCUUUCCAGCCCUUAUCCUCCCUCCAGCUCUCUGAAUCGCCCCAUCCGACUGUGGGUAUCUAUCCGACUCUGCCCUUGUCGCCCCCAGGGCCUUCUGGCGGUCCGUUGCUGCCGCUUUUGCAUGCCGAGAGUCUUCUACGGAUCUCCACCUCGUCGCAAACCCCGGCUCCUCCCCCGGCUCCCCCGGGACCGCAACAGAACGGCUGUGCCCCAAAACUGCCCUACUCGAACUCAGCAGCCAGCUGGCCCACUGCCGGGAGCUCCACAAACUACUCAUUCGGAGGAGGGAGUCAGCAGCCCACCCCUCCGCCACCCCCCACGCCGCCACUGCAGCAGCAGCAGAACGGACGGAAUCACCCGCAGCCUGCCCUCCACCACUCAAGCCAUUACUGGUCCACACACCACAGCUCAACUUCCUACCAGCACCCGGUUUCCAGCCACCCAGGGCCUGAAUUCUGGUGUUCCAUUGCCUAUUUUGAGAUGGACGUGCAGGUGGGCGAGAUCUUCAAGGUACUGUCCAACUGCCCCGUGGUGACUGUGGAUGGCUACGUGGACCCAUCCGGGGGAGACCGCUUCUGCCUGGGGCAGCUCUCAAACGUCCACCGCACAGAUACCAGCGAGCGGGCCAGGCUGCACAUCGGGAAAGGUGUUCAGCUCCAAUGCCGAGGGGAAGGGGACGUCUGGAUGCGGUGUCUGAGUGACCACGCAGUCUUUGUGCAGAGCUACUACCUGGACCGGGAAGCUGGCCGUGCACCUGGAGACGCCGUACACAAGAUAUAUCCUGGUGCUUACAUCAAGGUGUUCGACCUGCGUCAGUGCCACCGCCAGAUGCACCAGCAGGCAGCCACGGCUCACGCGGCAGCAGCAGCUCAAGCAGCAGCGGUGUCCGGGAGCAUCCCUGGGCCUGGCUCAGUGGGAGGCAUCGCCCCGGCUGUUGGACUCUCUGCAGCGGCUGGGAUUGGGGUCGACGAUCUCCGCCGCCUGUGCAUCCUGCGGCUCAGCUUUGUCAAGGGCUGGGGGCCCGACUACCCCCGACAAAGCAUCAAGCAUACCCCCUGCUGGAUUGAGGUUCAUCUCCACCGGGCCCUGCAACUCUUGGAUGAGGUGCUCCACACCAUGCCACUGGCCGACCCAGGUCCCGUCAACUAGAAGGACGGUGGCGGAUCACGAGGUCUUGUGCUCCUCAUAGCCAGAGCCCCCGCAAGCUCUGUGGGGCUGUCUGCACUGCGCAAAAGACUUCUGACCCCACCCCAACUCCUGUGUGAGGGGAGGUAGGGAUAGAUUCCUGCUGUCCUUCAAAGGGCCAAGAUGGUGGGAUCUUUAGUUGGCCACCACGUUGCAGUGUUCUGCUGGCCACCACAAGAAACACGAUUCGUCCUGUUCGAAACCAGCAACGGAAGAAAAUGUCUCGGUGGAUCUCCUUUCUGAGAUCUUCGAGCCACUGUGGACCCACUUGGACUACCUUCUCACUUAUCUUCAAAGCUGCGAAGUGGCCAUAGGUCGCCUGAGAACAGCUGGCGAAUGACCGUCUCCCGUACCCUCGUUUUACGUGACCCUCGUCCUCGGAUCUAUUGCUAUGCUUUAAGUGUCAAGCGGCAGCCAAAUAAUGGAAAAUGCCAAAAAAAAAGAAGAAAAGCCAUCUGAAACCUCUCGCACUACACCGGCCAAUGGAUGGCUGAACCACUGUCUUGGUGGCUGGCAGUUGUAGCCUGCAGCCCACAUCUGGCACGUGCAGAAGUUGCAGUUGUCCAAAUGCCUUUCAGGGUUAGCCAGGGUAAUGUGCAUGCCAUCGUGGGAAUCCCGUGCACCCAAGUCUUGUUGUGUUGUCGAAGGCUUUCACAGCCGGAGUCAACUGGUUCUGGUGGGUUUUCCGGGCUGUGUGGCCGUGGUCUGGUGGAUCUUGUUCCGAACAACAAGUCUGGUUGUUCGCCGCUGCUAGAAGCGGCAGCGGAAGACAAAUUGAAAAGAAAAACAAGGGCUUGUCUGACUGGUUUUAUCGUGUACUUAACAGGAAGUUCUUACCAUAGAUUUUCUGACAAUUCCUAGAGUUACCAUUGUCACUUCUGGGUUGCUCUGGGAAUUAGCAGAAAAUGUAUGGUAAGAGCAUCCGAUAAGUAUAUGAGUGCCUGUUUUCCUUUUUCAUCUUUUCUCCCAGGACGCUGCCCCCUGCCCACAACCUUAGCAUGUAGUUCCCUUGUUCCUUGGAAGAAUGUCAAAUGUGGGGGUAGAAUUUGACUCCUCAGUGCUUUGAGGACGGGUGUUUCAGGUCCUUACAUUUUUGAAAGUUUGUGGGCUGAAAUUUGAGACCUCCUGGAACAGUGGAUGAGGUCUACAGUUGUCAGAGCUUGGUUGUGUUGUCUUCUGCAUCUCAGUUCUGUCAACCUCACCCCUACCUGGAAGGGUUGCCAUCUCUGCAUUGGGAAAUUCCUGGAGAUUUUGGCGAUAGGACCUGGAGAAGGUUUGGAAGGAGAGGGGACCUCAACAGGGUAUAAUGCCAUAGAGUCCCUCCUCCAAAGCAUCCCUUUUCUCCAGGGAAACCUAUCUCGGUUGUCUGGAGAUCAAUUACAAUAGAGCAAGAUUUCCAGGUUCCAGCUGGAGGU